AAGUUAGUCUUGACAACAUGUGCGAAAUAGUUCAGUCGAUAGUGAAGCCUUCGUGGUGACAGAUGUAGUUCGAAACUUUGCCGCAAUACACGCUACGUUUCAGAGAUGCAAAGCUAAGUGGGAAUUCAGUAGUGUCAGUAACGAUCUAAAACUGUUUUUACGAAUCUGCAUCAGUUGCUGGUGUUUACUCAUGGAAUCUUGUCGGGUUGGAUAGACACUGGAUUUAGAAACUAACGCCACUGAAGGAUUAUAUUUUGAGGAACAAGGUAUGUUGACGGCAAUUAUUAGGACAAAGAUGAACACGAAACCGCUCGCAGUGUAAGAAUAGUGCCAUCCUGAUGGGAACAAGAACAUUGAAAUAGGAAGAAAACAUCGAGUUUGGAUAGCAGUGUUUGAUUUGUUGUCGCUCGGCAUCUUCGAAUAACGCUAUGGCAUUGGGGCAGAUCUGACGCCAACAAAAGUGGAUUACACCAAUAUGCUGGACCGCGUUUGAUCUCGUUCCUCAUGUAGCGUCGCCAGUAUAUUCUGUUUCGUCUCCCUCAACUACUCCGAAGAAAAGGUCAUACCAUACAGAAAAAGAUACUUCAAGAGGCAGAUCUUACUAAUACGAACAAGAAUCACUGUCCACAAAUCAGGUUAAGAAGGGAAUUCGAGUUACUUCCAAGCUCAAAGGUGAUAUUCAGUAUAGACAACUAUAUUUAUACCGAAAGUAAUACAUCUUGUCCCAAGAAUAGCUGGAUGUAUUGGAAUUCGAUGCACUUGUUGUCGAGUUGUUAAUAAGUGAAGUGUACUUAUGACAUUUCAUUGAUGAGUCGCUCCAAAACCAGAUCUUCCCAAGUAGGUGCACGUGAAACAGACGUUCUCAAUACUGUACUUUGAUGGAAUUGCGGCAUGAGAAGGCAAUCGACGAAAUUCUCUCUCAAAAACGGAGAUAGAUUUGAUGGAAUUAACGAGUGAACGAGCGAACAUCUUAACGCGAUAACUAUGGAAUGCGCCUUUAGGAAAUGCCAGCUAAUCCCGGCCUUCUAGAAUCAGAGAUGGAAUUAAACAAUACAAAUAUGACAAUGGACGAGGUGCCAACACUCUUAAGUGGCUUAACCACUGCAUUCAUGGACGGCGUGGUUAGCAAUAUAACCACGCCGGGUGCGAGAACGACAAUAACGGAAUUCGUGACGACAUCAAAGAUUCUGUUGACGUCGCCAGAAACUGAUACCAACGUCACAGUCAAUGUCACUGCAGAUUCCACGCAGACUGCUUAUGAAGAAUUUUACGAAACGGCUCGAUUUGUGACGGGUGGUGUAAUAAUACCAAUCGUGUGUAUUCUAGGGAUAAUAAGCAACACAUUGACUCUGAUUGUACUGAAUCAGAAGAAUAUGCACACUUCAACAAACACGUAUCUGUCUGCGCUGGCUGUUGCGGACUUGAUAAAGCUUGUCAACGAUACUUUAUACUUUGUGACUGUCCUGCUCUUCCGUGUGAAACCGAAAGCUGGAAACAUCUUAUACGGCCAUUUAUAUCCCUAUGCACAUUUUAUUUUUUCUCUUUCGACUUCCAUUUCGUCUUGGUUGACUAUUUCAGUGGCUGUGGAACGAUAUAUUAUGGUGUGUCACGCGACCAGAGCUCGGGGAAUAUGUACAAUACAAAGGGCCCGAGUAGUGAGCACAUCCGUCUUUUUCGUCAUGUCUGUCAUUGCCUUGCCUUAUGCCUUCCGGUACCGGACUAUCCGCGUCUUCGACAACACAACCAACACGAGUUCCUACGACGUGGAGACGACGAAAAUGUGGGAAAAUCAAAUAUUCGUAGAUUCAUUCAACUGGAUACAAAAUUUGUUACGUUCGAUUAUACCGAUUGCAAUUUUAGUAGUGGUAAACUUUAAGAUCAUAAAAGCUCUGAAUCGGAGUCGAGCAAAUAACAAAAAGUUUUCGUCCAGGAAUAGAAUUACUAUAAUGUUGAUAAGUGUCAUUGUUGUGUUCAUAACAUGCGUAACACCGGACGCUAUAAUGUCCAUUGUUGGCGCAGGAUAUCAUGACGAGUCUAAUUACCUAAUCAAGGGUAUUCGUGAGAUUACGGACAUGCUAUUAGGUGUCAAUGCAGCAAUUAAUUUUGUCCUUUAUUGUGGCUUUAACAAAGGUUUCAGGCAGAACUUUGUGUCAUUAUUCUUUCAGCGUUGCAUUAAGGAGAAAAUAAAAGAGGCUGACGAUUCGCAUUAUAGGAAACUUCCCGAUCCGUCACCGAACUCAAAUGAGCCGAAUUCGACCACGCCCACGAAAGAAACGAACAGUACGCGUGUAUGAUAUUGAGUUGUGAUGGAUCGGAUCAAAUAUAAUUUUUUCUGGCAGUUAGAGUAUGAUUUAAAGUGCUUUUGUGAGGCAAGUCUAGAUACAGUUUUCAGCUCGUAUUAUGGUAUCAGCAAGAAUAGAUAACAAAUUCCGAAUGACAAGGCCAAACACAACUAGUUUUUUCAUAAAAUCGUCGUGAACAAGCAUACCGCGCUAUACACCCAUGGGGAAGAGUCCAAUGAUCAUAUUCUUUGGUUUGCUGGGUGCUUGUAUACAACUCGGGCAUGUUUUCAUAUAAGCUGUACACCGGCGGCAAUAAAAGGUGCUAGUGUCUUCAAAAUCAUUUCGUAUUUUUGUUGCUCGUAGGUACUUCUGAUCUGAUAAGUCCCUCACACUACAUUUAACCUGGACCUGGCGAAGUUUGGCGCAAACUUAGUGUUUACUUCAACCUGGCGUUAGGUUUAAUUUGAAAUGGGCAAAACUGAAUAGGAUGAUGCCAAAGUGACGCAAAUUUGGUGACUUUAACUUGUUUUGAACAACCAGGCCCGUUUGGCAUAGCGGAGUUUUUUUUCCAUAUAAUUCUGUUGUUCUCAUCUGCCGCACUUUUAAACUAUUCAAUGACACUUUUUGCUCUCGUCUUUGAAACCUUCUAGCUAAUAUCCCUUUUUCACAAAAUUUUUCAAGGGUCGGGCGGAACACCAAAUCUACAUCCCAUCCGUAACUUAACAUCUAUGGACAAACUGCUUGACUGCCGCCAUGUCAUUCCCGGGCCAAAAUGUCAAUUUGUCACAAUCUAAUGAGACUGGCCGAAAAUUGGCCUCCAAUGUCAUGAAUGACGGCCGUCCCUUCUCAUUUAUUUUUGUGAUCGAUGUAAAUGUGUCUGUCGCAGCCAAUUUGACCAAGGCCACCGAUAUUAACGUUGAUACUAAUUUGUCAUGGUGGCUUUGUUAUGAUUCCAGAAUGUUUUUCAAUUCGUGGCAACAUUUUAGGGGCAGUGUAAACGUACAUAAUAUAUAUAUUGGGAAAUUAAGUAACGUGCUUACUUCACCUAAAACAUAGAAUAUAUUUCCCGCAAAGAUAGUUCCUCCUGAGCCAGAGGUAUUGACAUAUAGUCUCCAGGAAAUCAUCUGCUCUUAACAGAUUAAAACUAA